AGACCUAACCGGCAUGGAUGUUUUUCUACGAAGUGGGAGUCGGUAUAAAGAGAGGAUAUAUCCCGUGGCGAUGGUCAGUGAGCUCAGUGAGAGUACCGUGAUCAUUUCACCGUUGUACCGUGAAAGUCAAGAAUGAAGCUAAGGGAAUUCUUGAUAGUGACGUGGUACUUGAUACUCGUGACUCGCUCGGAAACCGUAAAAAAUGAUCGGGAAUCGUUGCUGAGGAAAGCGGCCGAACAGCUCGAGCGAUUAGCGCCGUAUCGAAGAGAGAUUGUCGCGGACAAUCAAGGAGAAGUCGAUCUCUCGAACUCGCCAGAGAUCUGGAGAUUUCCCGAGGAUCAGAAUCGUUUGGACGAGAUAAAGAGCGAUGCGGAUCAAAGGGGAUCACCUUGGCUGGUAAUUUCCGACAUCCUCUCGGCGGAACAGGACGCGACGAAGAAGACCGACGACGAGAAGCUGGUUACGAUCGACGUUAUUGCCGAUCCAAAGUACAACGCGAUGAUGCAGGAGAGGAUCAAGAGAGGCUUCGAUAUAGGAUCUGCCGGUCUUCUAACCAGCAUAGCGGGCGGUUUGUUAAGCGGUGUCGCGAGUGCAUCGAGCAGCUCUGCCGGAAAAGCAAUAGCGGGUAGCAGUCAAUCGGCGUUCAGUGCUCCUGUAUAUGGUGCACCCGCAGUGGAACACACCUAUUCGUAUGUAGAGAAACCCUUCGGUCCUUGGGACUUUAAGAAAGCGAUCUUUGGUACAUUGUUCCAAGCUCUCAAAGCGAUCGGCGGCGGCGUACUAGCUCUAAAGGGUCAAUUAGUUAAGGGCGGUGGUUACCUUUUGGCAGGUAAAAGCAAGGUUGUCACUAAAGCCGGGGAUGUCAUUACGUCUUUCGGUAAAAGUCUGGCGGCCAGCGCGUUGGUGGAACCAAAACCUUAUCCACCGGAAACUUACUACGAUCAUCCGCCGGUUCCAAAUAUAGGACAUGAUGCCAACUAUCCUGGAUCAACAAAUUCCGAUGAUUACUCCGAGACACAUAAUGAUUACAGUUCACACCAUAUCUACGGCGUGCCAUCAGAUGACACUAGCCAGGGCGGCCUGCUGAUCGUGACGCCGACGAAAUCUGACCUGGACGACCACAACGACCAACGUACGAACGUGGUGACGCAAGAAAAGCCGGAUCUGUCCAAGUUAGAGGAGAGUUUCGGUGGACCGGCCAAGGGCUCCGCCGUCACGAAUCUCUUAAACAGCGUGCCGAAAGGUAGCGUUGGUUUAAAGGAUGAAACCGUCGAUCAAGACAACAGCAAAGUGAAUCCUUAUCCUCCCGUGCAACAUCCAGCUUCGACCUACGGGACGCCAAAUUAUGGCAAUACGGUGCAAAAUUAUGCGUCCGGACAAGAGCACACUCAGCAACAGCCUCAAUUAUCGUCGCAUCAUCACUUCCCAUAUCUGGAUGAUCCGAAUCUGUCAAAUCAACAGAACGUAGUUUAUCCACCGUUGCAAUAUCCGGCCAGUCCCUCCGCUUCCUACGACUCGUCCAAGCUUCCAUACAACGAUGACGGCGAAACGUCGGUGUACGCAAGUCUGUCUAUAGACACCGAGCCGCAAAUCUCGCCCUUAAAGGUAUCCCUUCUGCCCAGUGCUCUCGAGCUGCCCAAGUUGCAGCCGCCCGUGGACUUUCACGGGCCCCAGUUUGCGAAUCAUCUUCACGGCAGUUUAGGCGGUCCACUGAGGGUACCUCUUUUAAACCCGAUGCCAUCAGCCUAUCAUUGGCAGAGUCAAGGAUCGCUCAUACCGACUCUGAAGACGCUGAAUCAUAAGAGAAAUGUUCUCCAGAGGCGAGCGUUCGCCAAACGACUCGCGCUUUACUCGAUGCUGCAGAAGAUGAGGUUCUAUUGACUGUGAGGUCGAGUCUACGCAGUCGCAUACUAUCCAUAUCCAGCCAAAUACAGAUACAGACUUCCGUAUCCUUAU